UCGGAAGGUUGGAGCCUGAACCAUUUCCCAACGUAAGGGCGGGCUAAACCUUAGCUUCCGUUCUGAACCAAUCAUGCUGCCCCACCUUCGCUCCUGCCACCCGCUUUCCGCCUUGCCGCGUCCCCGCACGUGUAGCAUCCCCAUCCCUCCGUUAGCCCGUCAAGGCUGAUCGCACCACGCACGAAACCGCCGCUAGCAAGCCAAACUCUCCGUCAGCUUGUCAGCGUGCGUCGUACCAUGGACUCGUACACGCAGGCGCGCAACGUGCUCUCUGAUGUUUGAGUUGCCUCGAGAAUCGCCCGUUGCCAUGCCAUGGACGCGUACACACAAGCGCUCAAGGUUCUCUCUCUCGAGCGCGCCGCUUUCACCGAUGCUAGCGCUUCCGCCACCGUUCCCCCGCACCCCGCGGGGAGCGCCCGUCAGGGCUCGCUGCCUGGGCACUGGCGGCGGCGGAGAGGCGGGAAGGCUUCCGCGCGAGUGGGGCGGGGGGAGGCGUCUGGCGGAAAGCGCGCGCGGGGGAGCCAGUCAGAGAAGAAACCUCAGAGCAACGCGGCGACUCCGCUUUCUCCUCCCGCCCCUCCUUCCGCGCGCGCUGCGCAUGUGACCCCUAUACGCGGUCACCCCGUCAGCGCUUUGCGCGCGGAUUUCCCCCCAGAAAGCGCUGGUGCGAUCCUAGCGGCGCAAGAUUUAUCCCCAACGGCGGCGGAGGCGGCUGUAGCGGGGGAGGCGGCUGUAGACGGCAGGCGGCGGAGGCAGAGGCUCGCGGGACGGCAACUGGCGUGGGGGGCGGCGGCUCCCGCGGAGGGAAGUUCUUCAGUCGCCGCCAGGCGCGGAGAGGCAGGGAUGGGGGAAAGAUUGGCGGAAGGUCGGGGAGAGGCGCAAGGGGAAGCGGACGUGGUUGAGGUAGCAGGGGGAGGGGGGGGAAGGGGGGCGGGGAGCGGAGGUGCAGAGGUUGGGGGAGGGAGCGGGGGUGUCAUCCUGGCUAGAGGCAAAACGGAGGGGCGAAUGGGGGAGUAUGGGGGCCGGGAGGGUGCUGGGAAGGGUUUAAGGGGCGGGGAGGGUGGGGGAAGAGAAGCACAGGAAGCGGGGGAGAGGGUAGAGGAUAAAGCAGAGGCCAAGAGAGGGGAAAGGGGGGAGUGCGAGGAGAGUAAGGAAGGGGGGAAGGAGGACAAGGAGGAGGGGGAGGAGGAGGAGGAGGUCGGGGGGGGGCGAACAGGCAAGCAGCCGGCAAGCCAGGCGGGGGCAGCGCCGUACAUGCGGCUGCAGGCGUCGACACGGCAGCCAUCAGCUAGACAAGCAUCAACGCGGCAACUGCUAAACCCGAACCCCUCAGAGGCGCACUCACGAGUGCCGGGGGCAGCAGAGGCGGGCGGCGGCGGUGCAUGCGGCAGUGAGGGGGAGGUAGAUGUGGCUCCAUACUCUAAUCCCGUGGGCAGGCAGGAGCAGGGGGAAAGGGAUACACAUGGGCAUGGGCAUGGGCAUGGGCAUGCGGAUAGGAAGGAGCAUCCCCAGGUGUCUCACAGGCUGCUUCAGCAGCAGCAGGCCACCAUGGGUCUUCCUCCCACCUCCCUGCCUUCCGCCGUCACGCAUCCCCAACAGCCACACCACCCACUGCCGCCACUGCCGCAGCAGCAGCAGCCACAAAUACACCAGCAGCAGCAGCAGCAGUUGGCUGUGCCUGGAUCCACUGCUGCAGCGAGCACAGCGACUCCCAGCCAGGGCGUGGAGCCGUCUCACAAGAGGCCAAGCGAGGGCUUCUGGGCGCACGUGGAGGGCUUCUUCCGCCCCGUCACCGCCGCCGACGUGGCUCUGCUCGCCCCCGCCGCGUAUGUGACGCGCUUCAGCAGCAUCACAGAGAGAGAGCCCGCCCUGGCCCUGCCGCCGGUGGGGCAUCCCUCGUCGUACUCCGCCCUGGUGAAGUCCAAGGGAAGCACGCAGGCAGGGACGCCACUGGCGCUUGCAGUGGGGCAGAGGCAGGGGCUGGGGUGUGGGCUGGACAAAGGGACGGAGACUGGCAAGGGGAAUGCACCAGGAGCGGGGCACUCGGGGGGUCAGGGGCGAGAAAUGCGGAUGGGAGGGGAAGUAGAGGGGGACGGGGGGCAGCCGGGGUUACAGCAGCAGGUGCAGCAGAAGCAGAAGCAGCAGCAGCGGAGGCGGCAGAGGCAGCAGGGAGGGGUGGGGAGGGUGGAGGUGGAGGGGAGUGACAGGCGACUGCGGAAGAGGAGGGCGGGGCAGAUGGGCGAGGGAGCAGGGGAUGUGACGGGGGGCGUUGGGGUGAGUGUUGGCGAUGUGAUGGUGCCGGGGAGUAAGAGGAGGCGCACACGACUGGGUGGCGGCGGCGGCGGCAGCGGCGGUGGUGGUGUUGGUGGUGCUGUGUCUACUCAAGACUCUGGCUUGGCAGUCACUGGAGCAGCAGCAGCAGGGGCAGCAGGGGCAGCAGCAGCAAGGGCAGCAGCAGCAGCAGCAGGCGGUGAGAAGCUGGCAGAAGGGUCUCCUGCUGGUGCAAGUGCCGCUGCUGCUGCUGUCAGCGAUUCUUCUCAGCAUGCCUCUGACCUCGUGGCUUGCAGGGGUGACGGCUGUGAGGGGGAGGGAGGUGGAGGUAACAGCAUCAGUGCUGCUGCUACUGCUGGCAUGCCUCAUUGCGCUCACGCUGCUCAUGCUGCUGCAUCUGCCUCGCCUGCUACUGCUGCCCCUGCUGCUGCUGCUGCUGCUGCAGUGGCUGGUUCGACUGAUGCGGCUGUGCGUGAUUCACAUGUCACUGCUGGCAGCGGGAGGGGGGGGAGGCAGAGGGGCAGAGGGAGGGGGAGGGGAGGGGCAGGGAGGGGUGAGCGGGAGGAGGGGAUGGUAGUGACCGUCGUAUCCCCGCCCCUGUGGCAGGUGCCUGCAAGGGGAAGGGGAAGGCGCAGCCAGGAGGACGAGGGGAGGGGAGGGAGGCGCGAGGGGGAGAUGGGGGGAGUGGAGGUGGGGGGGAAAGGGGGUGCAGAGGAGGAAGUGGAGGAGGAGGAGGGGGGUGGGGAGGGGGAGGCGUGUGACGUGUGCUGCCAGACGGACAGCGACGACGUGAACCCCAUAGUGUUCUGCGAUGGGUGUGAUGUGCCCGUGCACCGCCAGUGCUACGGCAUCCCUGCUGCUGCCGUGCUCCCAGUGCUGUCGCAGCAGAGAGAGGAGGGGAAGGGAGGGGAGGGGCAGGAAAAAAAAGGGCAGGGAGGGGAGGAGGAGGAUGCGAGUUUGCCGUGGCUGUGUGCGCGGUGCAGCAGCAGUCGCCCUGCUGAGGUGCGCUGUGAGCUCUGCCCCGUGCCCUCCGGUGCCUUCAAGCCCGCCCUGCCAGGCGCCCCCGCAGAGGAGCGAGUGCUGGUGCAGCAGCAGGAGGAGGCGAAGCAUAAAGAAGAGAAACCUAUGAGAGGGGUGCCAAAUGUGGUGCCAAAAGUAGAGCAGCAGCAGCAGCCGCAGCAAGUACAACAAGAGGAGCAUCAACAGGAGCAGCAGCAGCAAGAACAAGAAGGAACGGAGCACGAGCAGCAGCAGCAGUUUGCGCAUCUGUUCUGCAGCCAGUGGGUGCCGGAGACGUACGUGGGCGACACGGAGAGCAUGCAGCCCGUGUGCAACGUGGGGGGGGUCAGCAGGGAGCGCCGCCGCAUGCUGUGCUCGCUGUGCCGGGUGAAGCACGGCGCGUGCAUCCAGUGCAGCCACGGCCACUGCGCGGCGCCCUUCCACCCCAUGUGCGCGCGCCAGCAGGGGCUGCUGAUGACCCUCUCCGCCUCCCCCUGCUCCCCCCGCGUGCAUCUGAGAGCCUUUUGCCCCCGCCACUCCGCCCUGCGCCUGCCCCCGCUGCUGCUGCAGCUGCAGGCAGGGGGCGGGGAAGGGGGAGGGGGCGGAGAGGCGGGGAAAGGAGGGGAAGGGAAGGGGGAAGACAUUGGGAUGGUGGGGGAGAAAGGGCAGGGUGGCGGGGGCAAGGGGGAGAUGGGGGAUGCGAGGGUUGAAGCGGGAAUGAGGGGAGAGGGGUGGGUGGGAGGGGAGGGAGGAGGCAGGGGGGAUGAGGGGGAAGGGGAUGAAGGGGAUGAGGCAGAGGAGGAGGGGGAGGAGGAAGGGGAAGAGGGAGAGGAGGAGGGGGAGGAAGAAGGGGGCAGGGGAGUAGGAGGGGAAGGGGGCAGGGAGGUGGCUGACGAGGGGGGCAGGGAGGAUGUGAAGGAGGAGAAGGAUGUAGGAAUGGAGGAAGUGGAUGCAGAAGGGGGGAGGAAGGGAGGGGAGGAUGGAUUUAGUGCUGCUGCCACAUGUGAUCAUGCUGGUGGGGCAUUUUCUGAUGCUAAUGCCGCACGUGACGCUGUAAUGGAGGGCGCAGGCGUAGCAGCAGCAGCAGCAGAGGCAGUACCAGGGAAUCCAGCAAUAGUGUCUGCUGCAGCUGCCACCACUGCAGCAGUGGAUCCAGCAGCAGUGGCAGAAGGCGCAGCUGCAGCACCACUACCGUCACAGGCAGCAGCAGCAGCAGCGGGAGCAGCAGCAGGGGCAUCAGCAGAGGCAAGAGGGGAGUCAGACGAGGAUGAUGAUGAUGUGGUGAUGGUGGAAGAGGAAGCAGGAGCUGAGCCAAGGGAUGGCCUCAUAGAGCAAUCGGGGAGGAGGGUGCGCAGUGCAGUGGGGUUGGCUGCUGAUGCUGCUGUGCCGUCACGGCACGCUGAUGUGGCGCAAGCAAGGUCCAGUGCUGAGGUGGUGCCAGCUAGGGACUGUCACGCUGACAUAGAAUGGCCGAGAUGGGAGGGCGCUGCUGCGCUGGCGCUGAGUCAGCAGGUGCGGUGCCACGCGUACGUGCAGAGAUAUGGUGAAAUGCUGGAGAGAUCGAGUACUGCUGAGGGGACAGAGGUGGGAAGUAGGAGAGAAAGUUUAUUAGGACCAGUGAAAGAGGAAGGGCAAGAGGAGGGGGCAGACAGGGGAACUGACCAAAGGGAGGACGAGAAGGAGGCAGAGGAGGAUAGAGGCGGCACGAGAGGGAGGGGAAUGCAGGUGGGCGGUUCAUAUGGAGCACUGCUGCAGGUAACACCUGAGGGAGGCACACCCGAGGACGAGGUGACGUCAGAGCUGGUGAUCGCACAGACCCAGCUGCUGUCCUCCCUCCACGCCCUCUCCCACCGCUCGCACCACUUGCUGCGCCUCAUGCUGCCGCGCCUGCAGGCUGAGCGGCACGCGGCCGUGCGGCAGCAGGAGGAGCGCGAGGCGGUGGGGGAGUACCUGGGGAUGGUGCGCGAGCAGCGCAAGCAGGGGCGGCGGGACCGGCGGGAGAGAGAGGCGCAGGCCGUGCUGGCAGCGGCGGAGGCUGCUGCUGCUGCGUCGCCCCGCGUGGGGCAUUUGAAGAGAGACCCCGCUGCCACCCCUGCUGCCCCUGGUGGCCUUGCUGUCUCUGGUAGCCAUGCUGCCACCGGGGCCAGUCCUGCUGGUCCGGCUCUAGGCCCCUCAACUCUUGGUGGUGGUGGUGCUGCUACUAGUGGUGGUGCUGUGGUUGCUGUGUCUCCGGGGUGGGGAAGGGGAUGGGGAGGGGCAGGGAGAGGCAGAGUGGGUUUGGGAAUGACUAGACUGGCAGGGGAAUCUGACCGUUCUCCCGCUGCUGCUGGUGUUGAUAGUGUUGCUGCGGCUGAUAGCAGUGGUGGUGCUGCAACUGGUCCUGGCGGUUGCGCUCCUUCUCGACUGCAUGCAUCUCCCCUCGCAUCCCGCCUCUCCAUCUUCUCCUCUGGCGGGGGUCGCUCUGUGCUGGGCGCGGCUGUGAGAGGGGGGCGAGGGAGGGGCGGGUGGAGCAGGGGCAGGGGGAGAGGGCGGGGGGCAUGGACUGGGGGAGGGAGACCAGGGGGGAGAACGGGAGGGAGAGUUGCAGGGUGGGGCAGGGGAGUGGAUGUGUCUGCAGGGUUGCAGAGUGGAGUGGGUGGUAGGGGGGAUGGGCGGGUGCACGGAUGGUCAGUGGGGGCUAGACAGGCCGUGGGGGAAAGAGGGAGUGUGGAGCAUGGGGGGGGGGUAGGGGAUGAGGGGGACUACAAGGGGGGAGGCGAGGGGGAGGGGGAGGAGAGAGUGGGGAGGGAGUGUGGGGCGUGCUGGCAGAGGGAGUGUGGGCCGCACAGGAGCAUGAUUGAGUGUGAUAAAUGCCACGUGUCAGUUCACCAUUGGUGCUACGGUGUGCCUGAGGGGAAGGUCGGGCCGUGGUUGUGCCAGGUGUGCCGCUGUGAUUGGGCAGUGGACGGGAAAGACACAGGCGGGCAAUCUCAGCAGCAGCAGCUACAAGAAGGGGAGCAGCCACAGCAGCAACAACAAGAAAUGAAGCAGCAGCAGCAGCAGCAGUGUCACCAGGCAUCACCUCCUCUCCCAGCAGCAGCCGUUGUCCAUCCGCGUGCCAUGUGCGCCCUGUGCUCGCCCGCAGACGCAGCAGCCAUGCUAGGAGCAGCGUUGAAGCGAACACAGCAGGGCGCGUGGGUGCAUCUGCUGUGCGCUCAGGUGAUUUUCUCCGACUGCACUGUGCUUGCUGCGCCUGAGGAUGCGCCACUCAGCCUCACUGGCGCCAUGCCCCCCACCAUGCAGCGUCGCUGCUGCUCCUUCUGCCACUCCUCGUCUGCUCAACCAUGCACGCAGUGCGCCAUGCCAGGCUGCCCCCUCGUCGUCCACCCCUUGUGCGCCCGCCACUCCUCGUGCAUCUGCAUUCUACCCCCACUGCCUGCUGCUGCCGCCGCCAGCGCCAGUGUGCCCAUGGGUGCUGUUUCUCCCACCACAACCUGUGCGACCGUGGAUAGUGGUGCUGCUCCGCUCGCUGCUGCACCUCCUGCCGCAUCAGCCCUGGCUCCUCCACCCGCUGCUGCUGCCACGACACGUGCUGCUACCCCCUCUCCUCCACAUCCGCUCCCUUCCAUCACCACUUCUCCAACGCCCUCCCAUCCCUCCCCCUCACCUCCCAACACUGCCCCUCCUCCCCCCUCCUCUUCCCCACCCUCUCUCUCUCCACAGUCGCUACCUCCCGCUUUCAACACCACAACCCCCAUCAACCCCCCUCGGGCAGCUGUAACAUUCCAGCUGUACUGCCCGGACCAUGCAGCAGGUUCUGGCAUCCACAAAUUUAUCCGCCAUCCCCAGCCGUUCACCUCCCCCACAUCACACCUACACAGUGGCACCUCCCUCCUGCCCUUCCCUGUGCCACUCUUGCCUGUGAAGCGCCACGCUCUAGAAUCCUUGGAGCAUGACCGGGGAGGAAAAAUGCGCCUUGUGGAGCAGGGGGAAGGGGGUGGUGGUGAGAGGAUGGGCAGGGUGAUGGUGGGUGGAUCACAGGCAUGUGGGGCGGAGCACAGCUCGCAGGAAAAGGAAGCGGGCGAUGUGAAGAGGCCGUUAUUGAAGCUCCAGCUGUCUUACCUCGCCACACACGCUGCAGCUCGUGCUCUCAAUGCACGCCUGCCUCCAGGGUACCGUUACGUGCCCGUCACUAAACUCAACCAUCACUAACAUCACAACAUCGUUACUAGCAAUGUCUUCAUGAAUAUUAGUGCAAGGAGCUCCUGUGUGUACGUGCGAACGUUGCCCUAAUUGCAGUGUUGCAGUAUACAGGGAAAUGCGUUAUGCUUAUGCAGGCAGCCUAACAGAGGAAUGUGUUUAUGAUACGUAAGGGCAGCCGUUUUCUUUGCAUUGGAAGUUA